AUGCGCGCUUCUGAUAUUGCCAAUAAAGCCUUACCGGGGAGUGGUUACUUACUCGCAUUUCUGGUCAUUUUAGGUGGAUUUUUCUUUAGUAUCGGUAACAUUGCGGGUGCUGCACUGGGCUUAAAUGCACUCUUUGGGUUGGAUACCAAGGUCGGCGGCGUGCUGAGUGGUGCUUUGGCAAUUCUGAUUUUUGCUUCCAGAAAAGCCACUCUGGCGAUGGACAAGAGCAUGAUUAUUUUGGGGUUGCUCAAAAUCGUUUUGAUCGUGAUCGUUGCAUUCAUUGUCAUGCCACCAGUGGGGCAAGCCGUUCAACAAACUUUUGCACCUGAUCAAAUUGAUUUCGCCAUCAUUACAACUAUUGUUGGCGGUACCGUAGGUGGUUAUAUCUGCUAUGCGGGCGCACAUCGUUUAUUGGACAAAGGUGCGGUUGGACCAGAGAAUAUUGAUGAAGUGGCCAGAGCCGCAACCAAAGGGGUUGUGGUCAGUGGUGCAAAUAUUGAUUUAGCAAGUCACGAUGCCAACCCAGCUGCGCAAGCAUUCCAAUAUGCUGCGGCGGGAAUCAGUAGCACAAUUGGUGCAGCCUAUACCUCUGUUUCAUUUAUGUCCGCAUUUAAACAGAACUUAACCACUAAACAUACCAACUACCUCACCAUUAGCUUUAUUUCUUUAGCCCUGUUGCUUUACGUGAUUCUAGGUGCAACACCAGCGGGCUUACUGAUCUUUGUGGGUGGUUUUAAUGGUGACCCGUUGGGAAUAUUGAAGACGCUUCAACAAGCAGUGAAAUUAGAUGUCACGAUUGGUGCGCAUGUUUCCUACCCAGAUUUGGUUGGUUUUGGUCGCCGUAAUAUGGAUUUGUCUCAAGACGAGCUAAUCGCAGAUGUGCUCUAUCAAAUUUCGGCACUUGACGGUUUGGCAAAAGUUGCUGGUUCAAAAGUGCAAUAUGUCAAGCCGCAUGGAGCGUUGUAUAACACCAUUGCCAAAGAUUCUGUACAAGCCGAAGCCGUGAUUGAAGCUAUUAAAAUGUAUAACCCUGCAUUGGUACUGGUUGCUUUGGCUGGGUCAAAUUUGGUUGCACAAGCACGUCAGGCAGGUCUAAAAGUGGUUUCAGAAGCCUUUGCUGAUCGUGCUUAUAACCGCGAUGGCUCACUGGUUUCACGCCGUUUGGAAGGUGCACUAGAAAUGACAAGACACAUGUUUAAAGAGAUUAAAGUCGAUCCAGCUCAGCUAAAAGCUGCAUUGGAUGCGCGACAACAAAUUCGUGCAGGUUUUGAUCAACCUACAGCAGGAAUGGCUGCUGGGAUGACGCAAGUGAAUAUGAUUUCUGUACCUAAAGACUGGGCAUAUGAUUUCUUGUUGUACGCACAGCGUAAUCCGCAAAGCUGUCCUGUAUUAGAUGUUUUGGAAGAAGGCGUAUACCACUCUCGAUUGGCUACUGACUCAGACAUUCGUACUGAUUUUCCACGAUAUCGUGUUUGGAAAGACGGUGAAAUGGUCGAUGAGCUCACGGAUGCGAGUGAGCUUUAUAACGCGCAUCCUGAUUUAGUGACCUUUUUAAUUGGCUGUAGUUUCUCCUUUGAAACAGCUUUGCAAGAAGCGGGGAUUGAAGUGCGUCAUAUCCAUGACAAGACCAAUGUACCGAUGUAUUUGAGUAAUAUCGAAUGCCUUUCUGCUGGACGUAUUUCAGGAAAUAUGGUGGUUUCUAUGCGUCCCAUUCCUGCCCAUCAAAUAGCUGAGGCUGUAAAAAUUACGGCGCGUAUGCCGAGUGUUCAUGGUGCUCCCGUACAUAUUGGUCAUCCUGAAAGUUUGGGCAUACGCGAUAUCGAUCAGCCAGAUUUUGGUGAUGCCUCACGUAUUGAACAGGGUGAAAUUCCAGUAUUUUGGGCAUGUGGUGUAACGCCUCAAGCUGCAAUCAUGAACUCGAAAAUCCCAUUUGCCAUUAGCCAUGCACCAGGACAUAUGUUGAUUACAGACAUACCUGAUCGUGCAUGGAUGCGUUAA